CAGUGGAGCGCCAAACGGAGCCUCAGCGGAUCAAUUCGGAGCUUCGGCGGUUGAUCGGGAUUAUGCGGCGCCGCUGAUCGCUGUAUCGGCUGAACUCAGCGUCUCCUCGUCCAGUCCAGCAGCUCCAGGCGUUAGUCUGCACCGGCCUGAAUGCAGCCUGUCUGGGGCCCGGCCUAAUUCCUGGUGCUCCUUCUCUCCCUCCUCUCCCUCCCCCCCUCUCCUGCCCCCUCCCUCCAUCCUCACCCUUUGUCCUCCCCCCUCCUCGGCCUCCUCAGACCCCCAGUGAUUAGCCUGGACCGGCUGCUGCCCCCUACAGGUGGAUGAAUGAAGACCCCCUUCAAGAGCCCAGCGGCCCCCCGGCCCCGAGCCGACGGAGGACAUUCAGGAGUUUCUGCAAACAUGAUGAAGAAAAAGAACUCGCACAAGAAACAGAGGACCAGUGUUGGUCCCAGUAAGACUCUGGCUCAGCCCAGAAGGAACAUCGUCGGCUGCAGGAUCCAGCACAUCUGGAAGGAGGGAAGUAAAUCUUCUCAGUGGAAGGGGACGGUGUUGGACCAGGUUCCGGUCAAUCCGUCGCUCUACCUGAUCAAGUACGACGGCUUCGACUGCAUCUACGGCCUGGAGCUGUACAGCGACGAGCGGGUGGUCGGGCUGGAGGUUCUGCCCGACAGAGUGGCUCCGGCCCGUGUGAGCGACUCGCUGCUGGCCGAGACGAUGAUCGGGAAGGCGGUGGAGCACAUGUUUGAGACGGAGGACGGACCCAAGGAGGAGUGGAGGGGGAUGGUUCUGGCCCGGGCUCCCAUCAUGACGUCCUGGUUCUACAUCACCUACGAGAAAGACCCGGUUCUGUACAUGUACCAGCUGCUGGACGACUACAAGGAGGGAGACCUGCGCAUCAUGCCCGACUCCAAUGACAGCGUGGCGGCAGAGCGAGAACCCGGCGAGGUGGUCGACAGUCUGGUGGGGAAGCAGGUGGAAUACGCCAAAGAGGACGGCGGGAAGCGUUCGGGGAUGGUGAUCCACCAGGUGGAGGCCAAACCCUCCGUCUACUUCAUCAAGUUCGACGACGACUUCCACAUCUACGUGUACGACCUGGUCAAGACCUCCUAAAACCAGAAAACUACAAAGAGACUCACGAGAACGUCCACCAGAACCCGCCCAGUGAAGAAGAAGCGCCGCCUGGUUCCUAAACGGAACCCAUCAACCAGUUCUUUACUUUGAUGAAUCGCCUUAAAAACAGGGCAGACAGAACCUUCAGAGCAGCUCCAAGGCCAUCACUCAUUCAUUGCUCCUCGUUUUUGUUCUUUUAGGAUCCAGAAUCAGCCAAAAGACAGCGUUGGUCCCGAACUUUGGAACAUUUGUACUAAAAUAUCUCCAACAAGUUUGAGUCUUAGAGCUCGACUCACCUGAGACCCUGCAGACGAAGGUUUUCCGUCCAGAAGAACCUCCUCCUGCUUCCUGAAACCCCGUCGGAGCUCCGUUAUCUGAGGAAAAGGGGGCGGAGUCUGUGGGGUUAAUGAAGGGACGAAUCAGCAGCCUCCACCUGCCCAAGGUGGCUCACAGAGCAUUUCCUGGCCACGCCCCCCUAGAGGUCACCUGAUGGCGAACAGAGACGCUGAAGGAGAAAACAGGACGUGGACUCUUUUCUUUCCGUUUGUCUUUUUCUUGUGACUUGAGUUUGUUUGUCGUCGGUGUUUUCAUCAGAACAUCGCGACGUUAGCGUCUCCAGAAAACAGCUGCUGCUCAGCGUCCAACCAGGUUCUGAGCUCCAGACUUCACCUUAUUUAUUGUUUAUGAGCAGAAUGAGAACAUGUGUUGCUUUAUGACUCACUGUAACGUAGCCGUUAGCUCGUCUGAGGACAUUUAGCGUGUUUAUUGAUGUAACGUGAUAUUUAUAUUUUA